UUAGCAACGACCAAGCCUCGGUCUGCCUCGCGAAUUGCCCUUCGAGGUGUCCAACUGGGGUUUGGAAAUGCAUUCGUGUACCAUCUCGGGGCCCUGGGUUCUAGAAUCAAAAACUUCUGAAAGCAUUGAGGCGUGAAGACCGAGGGAGUGAGGGGGUGAGGGCGAUGGGUUGCGCCUCCAGUGUAAAGACAGCAGAGGCCGUCUCCCCGCCACUGACCGUGGGAGAUGCCCAAACACAGCCACUCGUGCAAGGAGCGCUCGCUACAGCCGACCGCCUGUUUCCUGCUGAACAUAACCGGAGCCCAAAGGGCGAGCUCAACUUAGCGAGGGACGACUUGAAGGCAGACGAGGAGACUGGGGAAGUGUACCGUCAGUCCUGGUCUCAGUUGACCCAUGGGACCGCAGGUCCCAGUUCUAAUGAUUUGAAUAAUUCUGUAACUAUGGAGGAAUACAACAACAUUAAUAAAAAGGCCAUGGGUGAGGAGCAGUGUGCUUUGAAGGAGAUUGAUUCAGUUUCUGUAGUUCAGGAGCAAUCAGUCAGCAAGGUUACUGUGGUUGUUCUGGAGAAUGGAAGUAACCUAACAUGGCCAGAAACUACCAGAGCCCCAGAUUCUGAACAGCACAAUAUGCUACUUUGUGAAGGAGGUCUACUGAUGAGACAUGAAGACAGUUCAUUUUCUAGUGAGACCAACUGUUCCAGUUUGCCCAGUGACCUCUGUCUCCCAGUUGUAAUCGAUAAUGGCAGUGGACUGAUAAAAGCUGGACUCUCAGGAAAUCAGUCUCCAGCUUUCGUUUUCCCAAGUGUGGUUGGAAAGCCAAAGGACACAUCAAUGAAUGUUUUUGGAUCAUCAGGAAGAGACACUUACGUUGGAGAUGAAGCUCAAAGAAAACGCAGCGUUCUUCACUUGAUUUAUCCAAUUCAGCAUGGACUGAUUACACAUUGGACAGAAAUGGAAGCACUCUGGAAGCACACGUUUGAAAACGAACUGCGUAUUGAUGUCCAAGAACACCCAAUUGUUAUGACGGAACCAACAAACAAUCCGCAAAGGAACAGGGAGAAAACAGUCGAGAUUCUUUUUGAAGCAUUCCAAGUUCCAUCUCUUCUUCUGGGAAUCCAGGCGGUGUUGGCAUUAUACUCUACUGGCAAAGUUACAGGAACUGUCAUUGAUUCUGGAUCGUCUGUGACACAUGUGGUUCCUGUUCUUGAAGGAGGUGCCUUGAAUAACCUCACUAAGCGCAUGUACCUAGGAGGAGAGGACCUGACAGAGUACAUGAUGAGAUCCCUGGCUGAAAACAAUAGCUGGUCCUUCACCUCCAAAGCUGGGUUAGAUAUUAUCAGAAAUAUCAAGGAAAAAUUUUGCUAUGUUGCACUAGACUUUGAAGCAGAGCUGCAGAACUUCAAGAACAAUCCAGACGGAAUAAAAGAAGAAUAUGUGCUUCCAGAUGGACAAAAUAUGAUCGUCACGAACCAGAAAUUCAGUUGCGCAGAAGUCAUGUUUAAGCCAUUUUUAAUAGGCAAGGACAUUCAGAACUUACCUGCAUUGGCACAUUCUGUGAUUGAGCAUUGCAAUGAAGAGAUCUGCAAUGAGAUGUACACAAACAUUGUUCUAGCUGGUGGUAACACUAUGUUUAGAAACAUGGGAGAGCGAAUUCAACAGGAGAUGACAGACCUUGUAAAAUCAGAAAAAAAGGUGAAGGUUCUUGCACCUUCCAACAGGAACUAUCUUUCAUGGAAAGGUGCAUCCAUUUUGGCAGGUCUUUCUACUUUCCACCAGAUGUGUAUAACUCAGCAAGAUUUUGAAGAGUAUGGAGUCACUGCUUUGUACAGAAAGUUAGUGUAACAUCAUGAGGAUUAAAAACCCCUGAAAUCCAAAAAUACCAGUGCUAUAAUCUAUCAAGCAAUGGCAAGAUACAAGUGGCCAAUAUUUGUUGUAAGCCAGUCAUUACUGAAAACUUGUUACUAGUCCCAGCAGUGCAACACAUUUCAGAUCUUUAGAGUGGUUAUCAGCAAAAGGCACUGGAACUAUUCAAUACCUCACUGACUAUCAGCUAGUUCUGAGUCAUCAUCAUGUUUAUCAUUAAAACACUCUACUUCUCAAUCACCAGUGCUGAAACGUAUCCAGGCAAAUGCUGAAUUCUUCAACCCAUUCUACCUCCAACUUUAUACAAAGUCGCUUAUUUUAUUUGUAGGCUUUUUAAAAGUAUAUUCACAAGACCCAUGGGAUGAACAACAUUCAAAAUUAACACACCAGAGAGAAAUACCCUUUUUCUCUUCAGUUGGAGAGAGAUCUUAGGGAGAAGACGGCAAAAGGUUUAACAGUUAAUAACUGUUCUUUAUGUUGUUUUUUGACUUGUAAUUGUAAAGAUCUUGGCUCUCAGGAUUUAAACAUGUCUGACUCAAUUCAAACAGCCUGUAGAAUUCUGCAUGUGAAUUGAAAACACUGUAAUUAAGUGUAACUGUUUUGGUGGUGGGGGGAUACUUAUCUGCAUAACUGCACUGGAAAUGGGCUUUUAAAGUAUUUUUAAAAAGUGUGCAGUACUUAAAGGCAAUAGAUUUAGACGAUAACACAUAGAAGAAUUCGGUCCUUUGGCCCAUCCAGUCUGCUCUAUUAUUCAAUCAUGGCUGAUUUAUUAUCCCCUUCAACCCCACUGUCCUGCCUUCUCCCCAUUAUCUUUGACUCCUUUACUUGAGGGAAUUUUGUGUUUUCUGCAUGUAUGAAUGGGUCUUGCAGAUAAUACAGAAGCUUAACCUGA